GAUUUCUAAACGAAUCUCAAAGUUCAAAGUACUGUUUUGGUAUCGUUUGAUAUAAUUUUAUUUUAUUUGAAAAACGCAGCUAUGCAAAAUAUUUUCGUUAAAAGUGUACAAACGAUUGUGCCUCUACUUUCUGGUGUUGCUGUACGACAAUCAAGAAGUAUAGCUUCUUUAUCAGCAUUGCCUGAAACCUAUCAGAUGCUCUACAAAACAUGUAGAGAUUUUGCCGAAGCUGAACUGAAACCUAACGCAUCUAAAUACGAUCGUGAGCACCUAUACCCUGGAGAUGCUAUUAAGAAAAUGGGUGAACUUGGUCUUAUGGCCAUCGCAGUACCCGAAGACUACGGAGGAGCUGGACUCGACUACCUCGCUUAUGCUAUAGCGCUUGAAGAGAUCUCUCGGGGCUGUGCAUCAUCUGGUGUAAUUAUGUCUGUAAAUAACUCAUUGUAUUUGGGCCCAGUCUCACACUGGGGCACUGAGAAGCAGAAAAACGAAUUUGUUACUCCUUAUUGCAGUGGAGACACAAUUGGAUGUUUUGCCCUCUCUGAGCCAGGUAAUGGAUCAGAUGCUGGUGCUGCAUCUACAACUGCUAAGGAUGGUGGUGACAAAUGGAUUCUUAAUGGCACUAAAUGUUGGAUAACUAAUGGAUAUGAAAGCAAGGCAGCUGUUGUAUUUGCAACAACCGAUAAGAAUAUGAAACACAAGGGCAUAUCAGCAUUCAUAGUGCCAAAACCCAUCAAGGGCUUAGAACUAGGAAAAAAAGAAGACAAAUUAGGUAUAAGAGGUUCCUCAACAUGUUCGCUAAUGUAUGAAGACUGCGAGAUUCCUAAAGAAAAUAUUUUAGGAGAGCCAGGUUUUGGAUUUAAAAUAGCUAUGAUGACACUUGAUGCUGGCAGGAUUGGUAUUGCAUCUCAAGCAUUAGGAAUAGCUCAGGCCUCAUUAGAUGUAGCAGCAGAAUAUGCUUCAAAGAGAACAGCAUUUGGAAAACCUAUAAUGAAACUUCAGGCUAUACAAAAUAAGUUAGCAGAUAUGGCAUUGAGAUUAGAAUCAGCACGGUUGUUGACUUGGCGUGCAGCAUGGCUUAAAGACAAUAAACACCCAUACACUAAAGAAGCAGCAAUGGCAAAACUAGCUGCUUCUGAGGCUGCUACAUUAGUGUCCCAUCAGUGCAUUCAGAUUUUAGGUGGAAUGGGUUAUGUGUCAGAUAUGCCAGCAGAGAGGCACUAUCGAGAUGCAAGGAUCACAGAGAUAUAUGAGGGCACAUCCGAAAUUCAAAGAUUAGUUAUCGCUGGACAACUUAUUAAAGAGUAUGGAUUAAAUUAAAAGGAAUCCAUUCUAGACUGAAAAAUUUACUGAACCUAUACAUAACAUUUAUGAAGUUCAAAAGUCUUCCGAUCCAAUAUAUUUAUCAAUUAAAAUAUUAAGGAGAGCUAUUGUAUAAGAAUCAAUUAAAUGUUAUUUCUGUAUUUUAACAUUUUUACUAAAUAUAAGAUGUGUACAGUAUUUUUUUUUUACUAUGCAGUGGUUAGUAGCUAAAAGUACAAUCAUGUGAAUGUGAGUGAAGCCUAAAUAUUGGACUGACUUCAGUAUAUUAAAUAAUAUUAUGUAG